UUCUAUUAAUCUAGCGAUUUUCCUUUUUGGUUCUCUCUCGCAACCGAAUCAGUAAUCGCGGCAGAAGUGGGUUGCUCUCGCUGUCUCUCGCGAAGACGACUGCAGCUUCAAACUCACUUUCCAAACGCGCCUUUAAGGCUGCACUAAUUGGGACCGAGGAUUUGCGCCCCUUACAAUGGCUUCAAAGCUUCUGAACCAUCUCCGAAUUCUGUGUAAAACCGAUCACCAUAUUCUCAGAUUCUCAAACCCAAGCCCUAAUUUUUCUCUUAAACGUUCAAUUUUCAGAGCUCCUCAAACCAUUCUUCGCAUAAGACCUUACUCUGAUGUUCCUCAACCAGUUCCAAUCAAUCCGUCUUUACCUGAGAAGCCUCCAAUCAAUGGUGAUACAACAAAUGAUGUGAAAAAUGUCACUAGGGUUCCAACUUCAUCGUCGUCUUUGAACGAAGCUGAGCUUCUUAAAUUUUCCUCCAUAGCCGAAACUUGGUGGGAUGCUAAAGGACCAUUUAAACCAUUACAUGUGAUGAACCCUACAAGAGUUACUUUCAUCCGCUCCACCCUUUGCCGACAUUUCAGAAAGGAUCCAAAUUGUGCUAGGCCUUUUGAAGGACUAAAGUUUGUGGAUGUUGGAUGUGGAGGGGGAAUUCUAUCAGAGCCUUUGGCACGAAUGGGAGCUACUGUAAUGGGAGUCGAUGCUGUGGAGAAGAACAUCAAGAUUGCGCGCCUUCAUGCGGUUUUGGAUCCAGUGACUUCAGCAAUCGAGUAUCGUUGUACAACAGCUGAAAAACUGGUUGAAGAACAGAGAGAGUUUGAUGCUGUGAUUGCUUCAGAGGUAAUUGAGCACGUAGCAAAUCCUGCUGAAUUCUGCAAAUCAUUGGCAUCAUUAACUGUUUCUAGUGGAGCCACUGUGAUUUCAACAUUAAAUCGUUCAAUGAGAUCAUAUGCAACUGCCAUCAUUGCAGCAGAGUACCUCCUCCAUUGGCUCCCUAAAGGUACACAUCAGUGGUCGAGCUUUCUUACCCCUGAAGAACUAGUCUUGAUCCUACAGCGUGCUUCCAUUACUGUCCAAGAGAUGGCUGGAAUUGUGUAUAAACCCUUGACAGGAGGAUGGGCUCUAUCUGAUGAUGUUAGUGUAAAUUAUAUUGCAUUUUGUACCAAAAAAGGACCAAUAAUGUAAUGGAAAAUUUAUGUUGAGCUAAAUUUGUCUCUAAGCUAGUUUUUUAUUA